ACUUGAUCCCUUUCCUUCCGGUCUUCGAUCCAAUCUGUCUAUUUUCUCCGCGUCCCAAUGUCAUUCACCCUCACUCUCCGCCGCAGCGCGGUCUCCACCGCACGAGUCCAGACCUCCACCACUUUCAUCUGCUCGCAAUGCCGCCAUGCGACACUCCUUCGACGCCCUAAGCGUCCCUACACCUUCACUCAGCUCGUCACUCUCUCGGACGGCAGUACCUUCACUCACCGCACGACGUCCCCCGCUCCUGUCUACCGCUCUACCCGUGAUACGCGCAAUUCUCUCCUAUGGAACCCAUCAUCGAGCAAGUUGAUGAAUGUCGAGGAAGACGAAGCCGGUCGACUGGCAGCAUUCAGAGCCAAAUUUGGACGGAGCUGGGAUGCGAAUACCCCUACCGAGGAAGAAUUAAACAAGAAGGCUGAGCAGACGAGUGAAGAGGCCGCAGCUGAAGCAAGAGCUGCCGAAGAAGAAGACGAUAAUCUGCUGGAUCUGAUCAGUUCGUUUGGACAGGAAGAGCAGGCAUCUGGGAAGAAGAAGAACUGAGUUUUGUCGGGAUUGUGGGGUAUCUCUGUAUAAUCUACUCAUUGUUUACGGUCUACAUCUUUCGAAGCUUUCAUGUACAGUACAUCAUACCAUUUGGUUGGAAUUCCAGCAUUGAGAGUCCAUGCCUCCAGAUUGCCUCUUCUACUUGUUUGAAAGGCCUUGGUAACUUCUAGCGGAGUUGGAACCAGUGCAAAUUGCCAUAUAUUAUCCGCCAUAGACCUCUUACCGAAGAAGCCAGGCGAGAGAUCAGCAGCAAAGGAGAGAGGUCAUUUCGAAUUAAU